AUGGAAAAAUUCGUGGUAAUUGACGAAAAGUUUUUCCACGCGAUUGAAGAACCCAACGAUCUCGAUGUAAUAUACUGGUAUAUAGAUAUCGUAUUAGAUGCAAUAAUAAGACUAUUUUGCGAGAAAACCGUUUCUCAGUUGAAGCACAGACGGGUGAUGAACAUUAAAAUUACUGAAAGAUUUAAAAUACUGAGCUUUUUAUUUACCGAGUUGACGAUCGAUUCGGAGAAAGUAAUUGAAUGUUUUAAUUUUUUGGCGUCGAACCAAGAGCUUACAAACGCUGAAAGGAGUGAACUGAUAACUGUAACGGGAGAAUAUCAUCGUAAAUAA